UUUCAGUGAGGCUAGCCAAUAUGUCCGCAAUGAUCCUUCAUCUCUUCCUUCUCCGACAGCGCAGGUUUCAGUCAAAACUACAGCUCCAUCACUGAACUGCCUGAUAGGUCCCAUAUCACGUCGUGACUUUAAGCUUUCCCUAUCUCAUCUGUCUUACACGUCUGCGAGUUGGUGAUCAUAACAAGCCAUGGGGUUGUGCAAAAGUGUGCAAAAGAGCUGGAAUGACUUCACGCCCAAGGAACGACACGAGUCCGCGUUCUACAUCCUGGGCAUCGUCUUCUAUAAAUUCGGUCUGGAAGCAUUCAAUGGCUCCAUAAUCACUCUGGCCACCAACCGCUAUGAUUAUGAUGCUCUUCGCACCCAUACACCUCCCAAGACCUUCCAGCGCGUUGGGCUCAUGGUCGGCCUUAACCAAGCGUGUCAGUGCGUGGGGUCUAUCUUGAUUGCACCCUUGAUUCGUCGCUAUCCAGCCCGAGUGAUCCUGAUGGUGGCCGUGCUGGUUUUUGGCAUCUUUAGCGCCAUCCUGCUCAUUAUGGAUGCUUGCACUGGAGGGGCCUUUGCUCCAGCCGUCUUUCGUCCUCACCAUCCCGAGAACGACUUCUACUACUACGGCAGUUACAAUACGGACAGCAUGAUCCCUAUCUACUGUGUCGGUGGCCUUAGCUACGGGAUGGUCGAACUGAUUCGCCGGAUAAUUCCCAGGGACAUUGUUGGUGGAAACCUCAAAAGACUGCGUCGCCUGGAUGCUCUGGUGCACAUAUUCUAUGAAAUGUCUGGCACUGCUGGGGCUUUCUGCACUGCACUGGUCCUGAUCCCUCGUCUGGGCAAUAAUUACUCCUUCCUCGUGACACCAAUCUGUUUUACGCUCGCGGCUUUCGCUUGGUUCUUCCUUGGAGAUCAAGUGUUCAAAGCCCAAAAGGCAGAGGCCUCCGAUGACCAGCCAGCUUAUAUACGAGCGGCACUGACCGGGACCAAGCUCUUUCUCGAGUCCAUCUGGGUGGGUGCCAGGAUCAUCUUCACCACCCGAAAAUUCAUCUGGCUGCUUCCCGGCUACUCGAUUGCUCUGUAUGCCCAUCGCUACCUCGAGAGCGCGGUCAUGCCGGCGCUUGCGCGUCGCUAUCUCGGCAAUGUUGCAUGGUCGCAGAUCAUGGUCGGAGGGUCCAAUCUCGGAGAGCUGCUGGGGGCCCUGUUUGUUAUUGUCCUCAACAACCGCGUCCGCACGCCUAUUCCUUGGUUGCGAGUCGAUGCGCUCAUGCUUCUUAUCACCUGGUACCUGCCCUUCUGGAAGCCGCGGCUUCGGUAUGUCCAGGAUGCUUUGUUUGCCGCCGCAACCUUUGUCCCGAUUUCGUUCGGCUGGGCAGCCGGCGAUGUCUCGUUGGCGGCGUACAUCCAGGCCACGCUGUCGCGGAUGGAAUCUACGUCGAGCAAUGUGUCUGCUCUCGGGGCGGUCAUGGCGUUCUUGUACUCCACCUACAUUGUGCUGUAUGCGGUAAUCUCGCCGAUUCUGGGCAGCUACAUUGACCGGGUGUACAUUGAGACGGGAGGUCCGAACGGAGGGGGUGACAUCCAUCGAGCGAUACGCAGUGUGGCCAGCGUGCAAUUUAGCGUGAUCUCCCUGUUGGUUGUGAUCUCGUCGUUUGUGCCUCGGGGAUCCCUGGCGGUCAACCCGGCGGUGCUGGAUGAAGAGGACCUCGAAGAAGAGGACUGGGGCAAUGUUGUGUCUUCGGGAGCGAGUAUGAAGUCGAUUAUUCGAUGAGUGGGAUAAUGUAUGGACGCAGUCUGCAGUACCGCAGUCCGUAGUUUCUGUCCAGUAGUCAACAGUGCAACUAAACCUGUAACUAUUCUGAGCUGUCAGUCACAACCAGACAGUCGAUAAUGAGAAUG